GACGCUGGAGGCGCUGCGGAGUCAGGGUUCGCCUUCUCGGCUGCACGCGUGGGGGAGGAGGUGGAUUUUAGGCUUCCAGUAGACUGGAAGAAUCGGCUCAAGACAGCUUGCUUUGCAGGGACCGGGCCGGCGGCAGAGACGCCGCGCGACACAGACCUCUGGCGAGACAUUGCAGGGCCGUGAGUGGCAGCCCCGGGACAGGGCCCAGCCGGGAACGCGAGCCCGCGGUCACAGUUCCCGGGCGUCUGCGGGCGCGAGCACGCUGCGACCCUGCCGUGCGCCGGGGCGGGGGGCGGGGCCCCGCCUGCACCAAUGGGGCCGAGGGGGCGGGGUUGCCCCAAUUUCGCGCCAAACUUGGCGGGUAAGGCGAGUGUCGCGAGCAGCUCGGAGGUGGUUUGCUGCUGCUAUCAUGGUUCGUCCGCUAAACUGCAUCGUCGCUGUGUCCCAGAACAUGGGCAUCGGCAAGGACGGGCACCUGCCCUGGCCCCCGCUCAGGAAUGAAUUCAGUUAUUUCCAGAGAAUGACCACAGUUUCUUCGGUAGAAGAUAAACAGAAUCUGGUGAUUAUGGGUAGGAAGACCUGGUUCUCCAUUCCUGAGAAGAAUCGACCUUUAAAGAACAGAAUUAAUUUAGUUCUCAGUAGAGAACUCAAAGAACCACCACAGGGAGCUCAUUUUCUUGCCAGAAGUCUGGAUGAUGCCUUAAAGCUUAUUGAGCAACCGGAUUUAGCAAAUAAAGUAGACAGGGUUUGGAUAGUAGGAGGCAGUUCUGUUUAUAAGGAAGCCAUGGAUCACCCAGGCCAAGUUAAACUAUUUGUGACAAGGAUCAUGCAGGACUUUGAAAGUGACACAUUCUUCCCAGAAAUUGAUUUGGAGAAAUAUAAAUGUCUGCCAGAAUACCCAGGUGUUUUUUCUGAUGUCCAGGAGGAGAAAGGCAUUAAGUACAAAUUUGAAGUAUAUGAAAAGAAUGAAUAAUAUGAAGGUGUUUUCUGAUUUAUUUUAAGUUGUCCCCCCCCCAAAAAAAUUAUUUUUUACAUUAGAAAAAAAAGACUUUUGUUGUCUUUA